AUGUGCAGGAUCUUUUGCUCGGUUCGAGAGGGGAGUCCAGUGGGGACGGAAGUGGAUUACAACGGGCCUCAAUCUCGACCCCUUGUCUUCAAUCCCAAUCCCUCGGGACGAGGAGUCGUGUCUGUGAAAAUCGUGGAGGACGAGGGAUUGUUCGACGUUGCACCGAGUGUCAUCACGGGGGAAAGUGGAGAACUCAGCAUCCGAGUCAAGGACUCCGCCCGACUCGACUAUGAAACCACAACCAAAACCACUUUUAAGAUCGUGGCAUCCAGAGCGGAUUCGGAGCUACCUCUUUCGGCGACAGCGGAGGUCACAGUGUACAUCGAGGAUGUCAACGACAAUCCGCCGGUGUUCAAGAAGACUCGAUACGUGGCCCAGGUCCCCGAGAAUGCCACCCUCGGCACCCUCAUCACCCAGGUGUCGGCGACGGAUGGGGAUAGCCCGGACACGCCCUUUGGGCAGGUCAUGUAUUCCCGAUUGACGGGGCCGGUGGGGGAAAAGUUGGCACUGGAUCCCCUGUCCGGGGUCAUUUCCGUGGCAACCAGGAAUCCGGGAUUCGACCGGGAGUCCAUCCCCGAAUUCAAAGUGACCGUGGAAGCCGUGGACGACAACGGACGGGGUAACGCGGCCAUGGCGGAGGUCCUCAUUCAACUCCUGGACGUCAACGACUCUCCGCCCAAAUUCCCCAGGUCGUACUACGGCGGCGUCCUCAAUCCCGGCAUGAACUCUUUGAAAACGCCCGUCAUCGUCCAGGCGACGGACGAAGACGAAGGAGACAACGGGAAAAUCCGCUACGAGAUCGUGUCGGGGAACGCCAACAACAUGUUCAACAUCAACUCCGCCACCGGCGAGGUGACGGUGGAUCCACGAAAUUACCGGAAGGAGCCCCUCCAAGACGAGGAAAAUUACGUGUACGAACUCAUAGUUCGCGCCUACGAUCUCGGGACGCCGAGCCUAAGCGGGACGGUGAAAGUGGAGAUCUUCACACAAGAAAUUUUCGAUCGGACCAUGAGGUUCAAGCUCCCGCAGACGGUGCAGGACAUUCGACGGAAUCAGUCGGCAUACGAAAGCAUGCUUCUGGCUCUCACGGGCGGGAAACACAUCACCAACUUCCAGGUCUCGCCUUUCAGUUCGCUCAAUCCGGAUGCGGAAGAGAUCAACGGAAUGGAUAAAGAUCAAGGUCCCCAAGCCAGCGGACGCGAUCCCAGGAUAGUGAGACUUCGAUGGUCGAACAUCGUGUGCAUGAUACCUGAAAAUAGUUUAUCCAAGUACGACGGUCGGGAAUCCACGAGUUUCUGCUACUGCGUAUGUAGGAGCAUGGUGACAGCGGUGGUGAGAUUGCCGACGGAGGCAAUCGUGGAUGUGGAUGCUAUUGCCGCCAUACUCGCCUCGGGAUCCGGCAACAGACCCGACGUGACGAGACUGCAAGCAGCUAACACUGAUCUGCAAGCCAUCAUCGUCGCCCUAGCUGUCGUCCUCGUCCUCAUUGUUCUCGGACUCCUCUUCUUCUUCACCUACUAUCGGAGGAAACAAGUGGAGAGGGAGAAGCUGCAGAGGAUCCGGGACGAGGAGAUCCAGACGAUGACAGGGGAACAUUCCGAAGGGCCCCAUCAUCUCAGCGAUCGACAUCCAGGAGAGAGGGGGUGGAGUCCAGACGGUCGACCCAGAUACCACCGGGUGAGGAGUCCGACGUAUAAGGACAGAGCCCGUGGACAGGGUGUACCUGGGGAUAUCCUAACUCCCGUCGUCACUCACGAAAGAGACGAGAUUCGUGUGGGAAGAGGAGGAGAUGGAGAAAGACGAGUAUUUGUCAUUCGAAAUCGAGAGGGGCUUGGAAUCAGAGACCCCGACCACCUGAGAGAAGGUGAGACAUAUGUCCUUGAGGACCUGGAAGACGAAAGAGGCAGUCAUAGGGACAUUGAUGGACGCCCAGGUCACGGUCCUCCUCAUGGACGAUUCUCCCAAAUCGGAGAUGCAGAGGUUCUGACCCUGGAUACUCCUCCCAAAGGACGAAACCGAGGAAGAGAUGGCUCUGUAUUUGUCUCUAUGGAUGAAUAUGAGAGACAUCGAGGCCAGGAGAGAGGAGGAAGAAGAGGGAUGUCACAAGAGAAGAGUGGAAAAGAAAUGAUCAUGCAUCGCUUCAUGAAUGGAGGAGAGGAGGAAGAAGCGGGAGAGGAAGACAGGGAAGACGAGAGUUAUGAAGAUGAAGACGAUGAAGAUGGUGAAGGUGGAAAAUAUGGCAGGAGGAGGAAGAACAAGCGUUUCAUCCAUACACCCAUUGCUGAGGAGACCAUGAGUGCAUUGGAAAUGGAGAUGAGAGAAGGACGUAGGAGGAGUCGAGAAAACAAUAUGGAAACCGUACCCGAAGAAAACCUAGAACAACUGCAACAACGAAAAGGGGGGCAGCAACAGCACUCGGAUGAGCCCCCAAGGACACCAUCCCCAAAUUUUGGAUACAAUGACACCAAGUCGAGCAAAUUGAGGAGAAGAAACAGCAUUGCCAAAGUGGGAGAAGACGAAGAUCCUUUCAUUCAUUCCCAUGGUCCAAGGAGCAGCAUGCAAAACAUAUUAGAAUAUCUGAAACGCAAUGAAAGAGACUUAGCUGCAGCAACUAAUUCGGCUCGAGGGGGUCGGCGUCGAAGGAACAGCGUGGCUGGCUUUGAAGGAUCUGGGAGAAUAGGGAGGAGGAAAAGCAGCUUCCGGAGAGCGGGGAGUGUUCGAAGCAUGGAAGACCUUCCAAUUCGACGUUAUUCCUCCCAGUCGCACACACGUGCCGGUUCCUCUAAUAUCCACAAAGGUAGAGUAUCACGACCUAGAUCCUUUCAUGUUGGGUUCCAGGAUGAUGGGAAGAAGAUGAAAGAAGAAGACAGUGGGAGAAGAGAGGGAGGGAGGUCGUCCAAGCCUCGUGGAAAAUUAAAUCGAAAGGUGUCCAGAAGUAUGGAUGAGAAACUGGAUUCUGUAACAGGCGCAGACUCCAGCACUAGUACAAGUGGCGGUGAAACCCGUCAACAGAGGCAGUAUUACAGGAGGUCCAGCACAACAACGAGAGAAGAGGAGAAUAAAGUGGGAGAAUCAGAGAUUGCAGAAAGUGCUCGACGACGACGAGAAAGACGUCGGAACCAACAUCUCUUCGAUGUGAGACAUGAGAGCCUGGAGCGACAACGCAAGCCGGCGCCCUUGGGUCCCAGGAGGAGCAAAGAUACGAAUGACAUUGAUUAUGGACAUAGUGAGGAUAGAAAUACCCCGGGGUCCAGUGACAGCCAACAAGACAUCAAUGACACGGCCCAAGAACGGCAUCGGAGUCGGCGUCAAGAGCAGGUUCUCCGAAAAGAAACCCCUGCAUCGACUUCAGGUCGACCGAGGGGGUUACCAAAGGAGAGAGCAGAAGAUAUCGUCAGUCAGGCUCAGAGGCGUAAUAAAAUGAAAGGAAAAUCUGGAACUGGGAAGGAAGAAAAUUUAUCUGAUGACGUUAAGAUAUUAAGAAGUGCCGAUGGUCGGGGAAGACGGACCAAGGACAGAGCUGCCCUCGACAUCCUCGACGGCCAGAUCAGAUUGGGGAUGGUCGAAGAUGACCACGACCACGAUCACGAUCACGAUAGUGGGAUAUCAAGUGUUGGGGGAAGGGGCAGUCUUCGAGAUUCCCGCCGGAACCGUAUGCUAGAGAAGAAAAGCAUUUUCUCCAUUGCAUACGAUGAAGCCAAAAACAAGCACAUCAAUGAGAUCACUGAAAGAAAGUCUCCUCAGACAUAGUUUUUUCUUUACUCCUAAGGGUCGCAUUUCAGAUCUCUCUCCCCCCCCCCCCCCUCCCCCCAAAAAAUCUCUCUCUCGGCAUUUCCCAAUGAUCAAACUUCCCC